GCCACAAUCUUCUCUCCCUCUAUCACACACUCUCCAUCUCUCUCUUUCUGAAAAAUGGAGAGAGAAGACAACAAACCAUCCUUGAGCUCACCAUUGAUUCCAGUUCGUGAAGAAGAUGGAGUUAUAUUAGAAGAAGAGAGGAGCCAUGAGAAGUGGUUCAAGAAAGAGGAAGUUGUAGAAGAAGUGAAGAAGCAGUUAUGGCUAGCAGGGCCUCUUAUAUCUGUGAGUAUAUUACAGUACUCUAUACAGAUAAUAGCUGUCAUGUUUGUAGGUCAUCUUGGUGAGUUAUCUCUAUCCGGUGCUACCAUGGCGCUUUCCUUCACAUCAGUCACCGGUUUCAGCUUGCUGAUGGGAAUGUCGAGUGCAUUGGAUACUUUAUCUGGCCAGUGCUAUGGUGCAAAGCAAUAUCAUAUGAUGGGCAUACACAUGCAGAGAGCAAUGUUUGUUCUUUUACUUGUGUGCAUACCCCUCGCUAUCAUUUCCGCCAACACAAGAAUCAUCUUAAUAGCUCUAGGCCAAGAUGUUGACAUAUCUACCGAAGCUGGAAAAUUUGCACGUUUCAAUAUCCCUUCCCUUUUUGCAUAUGCACUUCUUCAGUGUCUCGUGAGAUUCUUAACGACUCAAAACAUUGUAUUUCCAAUGAUGCUGAGCUCUGGAAUCACCACUUUACUGCAUAUCCCUAUCUGUUGGCUUCUUGUGUUUAAUUCUGGACUUGGAGGCAGGGGAGCUGCACUGGCAAAUUCCAUCUCUUAUUGGAUCAAUGUGGUACUUUUGGUGCUUUAUGUCAGGUUCUCUUCAUCAUGUGCAAAAACUUGGACAGGCCUUUCGAAGGAGGCCUUUCAAAAUGUUGUUACAUUUCUUAGACUCGCUAUUCCGUCGGCUGUCAUGGUCUGCUUGGAAAUGUGGUCGUUUGAAUUGAUUGUUCUUCUAUCUGGUCUUCUUCCUAACCCAGAGUUGGAAACCUCAGUGCUUUCUAUCAGCCUUAAUACAGCAGCAAUGGUUUGGAUGAUCCCUUUCGGACUCAGUUCUGCUGUGAGCACUCGAGUCUCGAAUGAAUUAGGAGCAGGGCAUCCAAAAACAGCACGGUUAUCAGUAUGUGUCGUCUUAGUCAUGGCCAUCACUGAGGGUUUAUUGGUGGGAUUGGUCCUUAUACUAAUACGCAACUUCUGGGGAUACGCUUAUAGCAAUGAAACAGAAGUGAUCGAUUAUCUGGCAACCAUGAUGCCAAUACUUGCUACAUCCAACUUCUUGGAUGGUCUCCAGUGUGUUCUUUCAGGCACUGCAAGAGGAUGUGGGUGGCAGAAGAUUGGAGCAUAUGUCAAUCUUGGAUCAUAUUAUUUGGUUGGAAUUCCAUUGGCUGUUUUAAUGGCAUUUAUCUUGCACGUUGGUGGAAAGGGGCUCUGGCUAGGAAUCAUCUGUGCACUCAUAGUGCAAGUGUUGUCACUUCUUACUAUAACCAUACGAACCAACUGGGAGAAAGAGGCGAAACAAGCUACAGAAAGAGUGUAUGACUCGACAGUUCCGGUUGACAUAGUUUCAUGAAGCUGAAUAAUUACUGAUCGACAAUUAGAAUUACAUGAACACUUAAUAAGAACACACUGGAGAAAAUAAAGAUAGUAUCAUAACAGUAGUGGGUGCAACUCAUUAUCCUCAAGCUGUGUGUUCUUUAUUACCAAAAUCCUCGGAGUGUGAGACUUGGAGAUGCAGCUCAGAGUAUCAUGCCCUGUUUUGAGGUGUUUGGGUCUUACGCAAACUUUAUUAGGCUGGUUUCUUACAGAGAUUCACCGAAUAAAUCCUAGAAAUAAUAAAACAACCUUUUUAUGUGAUGUAUUUCCCUUAUUUUAUUCUAAGAACUUCAACUCAUAUGAGGAGGAGGAUUAAGCUUCGGAAACAGAUUGAAC